GGAGGAGGGGUGGGGAGGACAGGCUGUGCUGGGCACAGAGGGGUGGCAACCGUGGAGCAGAAAGGGGUAUAAAGGCAGUGGGCCGCGUGUGAGGCCCCCACCAGAGGCCAUGGCUCUCUUCCUGCUGACCCUGGGGCUGAGCCUGGUCUCCGCCCAGGAGCUCAACCCCCAGGCCAUUGUGCAGAAGAACUAUAACAUGGCCAAGGUUUCAGGGAUCUGGUAUCCGGUGUCCAUGGCCUCCGACGACAUAAAGCGGAUCGAGGAAAACGGGGACCUGAGGGUCUUCAUCCGGAACAUCGAGAGCUUGGGGGACGGGCGUCUGAGAUUCCAUUUCCGCGCCAUGGUGCACGGGGAGUGCGAGCACGUGGCCAUGGUCUGCGAGAAGGCGGAGAGGGACGGGGAGUACAGCAUCAGCCAUGAGGGGGACAAUACGGUGCUGCUCUCGGAGACCGACUACAGACAGUACAUCAUCUUCCACCUCCGGAACAUCAGGAACGGGACACAGACCACUGUGCUGGCGCUCUAUGGACGGGUGCCGGACCUGGGUCCCAGCUUCCUGGACAGAUUUGAAAAAGUCUGCAGAAAGUACGGACUGGGUCCGCAGAACAUCAUCAGCCUCGGCAACCAAGGCGAGCCUCCCACCUCCUGCGCCAGCAGCCCUGGGCCAGGAGUGUUCCGGAGAGUCCCGGGGCCUCGGGGCUGGGGGUGGAGGCUCCAGAAAGUCUCCAUCUGAGACCCCCCCACCCCCGGCUCUGUCUCCCCAGAUGCCUGUUUCAAAUACAGAAGGUAGAGACGCCCACCCAGGCCUGACGGUGCGUGAGCUUGGCCUCAGGGCGGGCGUGGGGGCUGAGGCAGCACUGGGCGCCGUGGAGGAGGCCGGGGGCAGGAGGGGGCCCGCUUCCCCAAACCCCCCCCUCACCCUGUCUGCGGGGUUUCCCCGCCGAGUGGCGGGGAGCCUUCUGGGGAGGAGCCCACCCUGUGUCAGUGUCCCGAGGCGGCUCUAGCCGGUGACCACGGACUGGGGGCACAGAGCCACAGAACUCAUUCUUCCCAGCGUGGAGGCCAGAAGUCCGAGGUCCAGGCCAGGCAGGGCCACGCUCCUGCGGAGGCUCCAUCGGUGGGGGGGGGGGG